AUGAGCAUCUUCGUCGACACGCUAGAACGUCUUUCUUGCGAAUAUGUGGUGCAGCGUGUUGCUAUCCAGUCCGGGCUCUCCAGGCUACCUCAACGGACACGUUUCCAGCUGCAGCGUGCGCCGCAGUUGCCUGAGGUCGGUGACAACGUGGAUUCGGAGGAAAGUGAAGACGAAGACGAGCAGCCUACCAUCGCCACGGAUGACCCUGCAUCCUGCUCAAGUGCGCCGGGUUCAGAGGACGACGCUGCUGAGAUGGAUCACGAUACGUCAGACUACAGUCCAGAUAACUCAUUUGACUACGACGGCGAUGCGUCAACAAUUGUAUAA